CGCUCUUAUCCUCAACCCGAAGGUACCGAAUUGAAUCCGUUGCGAUCGUCAAGCAAGCAGUCGGUAAAGCUAGUACAUCUUAAAUUCAUCUAUCGUGCCUGUUCCCGAUCUUACCUGAUUGAACUUCAUCCCAACCCGAAAACAAGCGCUUUUGGACAAGUCGACAAGAUGGCAACUUCUACAUACACAGAGACUAAAGUGGGUGAUGUGAAAACGACCGUGAAGUAUCUACAACCAGACUCAAAGAAUGUGCGUUAUUUCAGCAAAGGUCUCGAAGUAAAUACUGGCAAGUACGACGACGUAUCCAUCGUGGUACAUGACGCGCGUCCGACCCAGGAGGAGUUUACACUGGACAAUGGUGGAUUUGCUUUGAUUCAACACAAUUCCAAGCUUACGAACUUUUACUCUCGCGAACAAUUGGAUACAACUUAUGCUUCAGAAAUCACUUCUCUCGUCAAAUCGCUCACUGGUGCGGACGAUGUGGUCAUUUUCAGCGCUCCUGUACUUCGCAAGACAGAUGCUAAAGUAGGCACGACCUAUCAGCCUCGUGCCGCAGAUGUGCACACGGACUAUUCAUCUGGAAAUGCUGAAGACUUUGCUCCCAAAAAGGCACAAGAAAAUGGAGAUAUCAAAUACUCUCGAUUCGCGUUUGUGAAUGUCUGGCGCGCGAUUACACCUCCUCCGCAAGACUGGCCAUUGGCAGUCGUUGACGCACGAUCAGUGGCUCCUGACGAAGGAACACCGUACCCCAUGAUCAUCGUCGACAAGAUUCCAGAGAAGUUGCCAAUAGUACCUCAGCCCGCAUACACUAUCGAGGGCGCAAACUUCUCUUUCAAGCCAGAGCAUAGGUGGUAUUACUUUAGGGAUAUGAAGAUUGACGAAGUGCUUGUGUUCAAGCUGUACGACUCAAAUAGACAUCAAGGAUCAAAGAGUUGGAGGUGUCCCCAUACAGCAUUUUUCAAUCCAACGGAAGGAACUAUCCCAAGGGAAAGUGUCGAAGUUAGAACUAUCUGUUACUUUAAAUGAUAGAGCGGAUACCGGGAGCGUUCACUCCUGGCCAGAACAAUUCAGGGGAAUCAGCUUAACGCGUGC